CUUAAUAGAUUGACUACAAAAGCUAGAUAAAAGCAAUGGACCCCUACCAUCUUGGAUACUUGUAUGCUAUGCAAUAAUACCUUAGAAACUUCUAAGAACUUGUUCUUUAAGUGCAAUUAUGCUAACACAAUAUGGAGGCAGAUUAGUACUAUGAUCAAUAUUCCCUUUGUGGACUCUUGGCAAGACUUAUUGCAUUGGAUGGGGAAAAGGGUCAGAAGAAAAUAUUUGCUUAGCAUUUUGAUCAAACUCUCAUGGAAUGCCACAAUCUACAACAUUUGGAUGGAAAGAAACAAAAGAGUUCAUCUACAACUCUUUAGAAGUGAGAGUACAAUCCUUCAUGAGAUUCAAUUUGAGGUUAGAGCUAGAAUGUUGGAGUUUGCUCGCCCAAGGUGUUCAUCACUUCCUAUGGCUAUUGCAAUUCAAUGGGGACUUGAAACAGUUGUGACAAAUUAGUUUUUGGGUAAUAGUAGAAUGUGUAUUAGUUAUUGUGUAUUUUUCUUAGUCUUUUCUCAAAUUCACCUUUUAUCCCCCAAAAAAAAUAUUUUAGAUCAAUUUUUAUUUUUUCUGUAUAAAUUAAUAAAAACUAUUAUAAAUC